AUGUCUCAACCGAUGAAAGAGGAAGUGGAGAAGACAAGCAAGAAGGAAGCGAACGGCUACGGAAGACCUCCAGAAGGCAGUCUAUCGGAUCAGCGAGCUAAAAAAGCGGCAAGCCAUGUCGCGCGUGAGAUGCUCCAGCUCUGCGAGAUAAUUGAGGAUUUCGGCCGAAGGAAAAAUGCCGACGAGCCGAUUCGCAUCGAUUUUGGAAGUUUGUUUCGAAUUUACACAUCGAUUUCCGACAAGGUUGUUGGCACAUUAUUGAGGGCUCGAAAGCACGGAAUGGUCACAUUCGAAGGAGAGAUGCUUUUCCAGGGACGCGAUGAUAAAGUGGUGAUUUCGCUGAUUUUGGAAGGCGACAAGCUUCAGGAGCAGAUUCAGGCGCACGCGGCGGCUAAUCCGCAAGAUUAA